AUGUUAACACAACGAAGAUCUAAAAAGGUUUUAUUAGCAUUAUCCGUGGCAAAUUUGUCGCUCAUCCUAUUGCUUAUAAUUCAUCUAGACGAUUUUUAUUCAAGAACUUCAUUCUCAACGAAAGAACUAGUUAAUCGGAGAAAUAAGACUAUUUUGAUAUGGAAUGGUCCGGAAAUUCUGGAUACUUCUACCUUCGGCGAAGGACACGAACCUUUCAUCAAGCGUCAAUGCCAAGUUUCCGAUUGUAUCGUUUACUACAACUCUUCGUCAAUGCCACUCGAAGAAUAUGACGCCAUCUUAAUUCACGUGAUUCUCUUGAACAAGACUGACUUACCAACGUUUCCUCGACGUAAACACCAACGCUUUGUCUUUCUAACGCAAGAAUCGCCCGAUUCGAUGAUCGAUAAAUGCGUCAACGUCACGGCCUUAGGCAACGUGUUCAACUGGACGAUGAGUUACAAAGAUAACUCAGAUAUCCCGAUGCUUUACGGGCGCAUCUUCCCGAAAUCAACAGCUCCAAAAAAUCUAGAAGAGACCAAGCAAAAGAUUAGAGACACGCACUCGGCUGAAAAUUAUGCGACCAGCAAAACCAGAUUGGUGGCCUGGUUAGUAUCCCAUUGUGAAACAUCAGGCCAUAGAGAAAGAUACGUUUCCCAGUUGAGAAAGUUUAUUCCCGUCUACAUUUACGGAGACUGUGUCAAUUUCAAGUGUCCCCAAAGCAGCAUUUAUCCCUCCACAUCCAGUCCGGAAUGUUACGCGAUGCUAGAAUCAAAGUAUAAAUUCUAUUUAUCUUUUGAAAAUUCCAUUUGCAAUGAUUAUGUCACGGAAAAUUUUUUGAGGCAAUGA